GACUUUUUCCCUCGGCUGCAGCUGACGUGCAAAUGUGUGCUCAUUAUUUGCUCCGCCAGAAAUUUAUAAUUUGUUCCCGUGGAAAUUAAUUUUGUACAAUAUUCUACUAAAUAGUUAGUCAACUUUGGCAAGCAAACUAUUUCUAGUGCGUGUAGCUUCAUCGCGAUGGAGGAGACCAAUUCUUUGGACCUUAUAAACGAAGCGGAUCAAGAAUUAGCCGCCGCUAUAGAAGCGUUAAAGCAGCAGGACGCACUACGAGACCAACAUGAAGAUAAGCCAAAUGUACCGGAAAACGUUGAAGAUAAGGCAAGCGAAAUACGGGACCAAGGGCCCCCUCUUCUCCCCAAAGUGCUGCACAUCUACCUCCAACGUCUCCCGGAAGAUCUAAUUCACACGGCGAGGGGUCGUCGCAAGCUGGUCCGCAAUGCCAAAAUCUCCUCCGGGGAGGAAGAAGAAAUUAUGGAGGAGAAGAUAAGACCAGCUAAGCGACAGAGGACGGAGGCUCGACGGUACGGCGACCUUGUAGAACUUAAGACCAGCGAGAGCGACAGUGAUAUGGACGACGACAACGUCGCCAAGAUCAAUUUAAAGAGAAGAAAAGUUAAAAAGAAGGCAAGAAAGGCCAGAAAAAUAAUUGAGAGUGACGACGAUGAUGAUGAUGACAGCGACCAGAAGGAUAAGAAGUCGAGGGGCAAGGUCAAGACCAAGAAAGAAGACGACGAUACGUAUGACGAGGACGAGUCGGCUUCCUCCAACUCUUCCAACUCCUCCCACUGGUCUGGCACAGGGUACAAAAAGAAGAGGAAAGUCGACUUGCUUCCCUCCCCCCCAACCUCGUCCCCCUCAUCGUCCGACUUUGAGAUGUCCAGUAAGGCCAAGGCCGCAAAAAAGUUGAAGAAAUCCAAGAAGAAGAAACGAUCUCAAUUUUUAAAUGAUGGGGACGACUUUGAGGACAUUAAGGACGGAUUCGUCUCCCGGGAACGAGAAAGGCCGAAAAGGAACAGGAAGUCGAAGAAAAAGAGAAAUUUAGCUGAAUCCGGAUCAGAUAAUGAAAAUGAAGAGGAUUUCGAAGCCCCUUUCAAAAAGCAGGACGAUGACGAAGAUGACGGAAACUUGUCGGAAUUGUCGCUGCCCGUAUCGUCUGAUGAGGAGGAAGAAGGGAAAUUAGGCGACGAAGAAUUCAAACUGGGGAUGGACUCCUUCUCCCUGGAGGAGGAAGCCGAUACGACAAAUUGUGAUAAGGAUAAGGCGGAAGGUGAUGAUAAGAAGGAGAAAGGAAACCUGAAAGAUAAGGAGGAAUUGCCGGAAGAGGAGGCUCGCAAACGCCGCCUAGAAUAUAUUCUGAAACGUUCCGAAUUCUACACGAAAAAACUGACUGCGGGCGGCAUUGGGGGACUAACUUCGGGGGGAAAGGCAGCCACAGCCAACUUAAAUUCUACGGCAGGAAGCCGGCGCCGAACCCGUGUGAAAAAGGACGACGCUGACCUCUACCUCAUGGAAUCCAUUACCUCCUCCUCCUCCAAAGGUCCCGUCAUAUUCGACUCCUCCCCCGGCUUCAUCGCAGGCGGAGAGAUGCGCGACUACCAAGUCCGAGGACUAAAUUGGCUCGUGAACCUGUACGAAAACGGUAUUAAUGGAAUCCUCGCGGAUGAGAUGGGGUUGGGAAAAACGCUUCAAAGUAUUUCCGUCCUGGGUUAUCUGAAGCAUGUCAAGGGGCUUAAGUACCAUGCGCUUAUCAUCGUCCCCAAAAGUACGCUGAGCAAUUGGAUGAACGAGUUCAAACGGUGGUGCCCCACGAUAAGAGCGUUGGCCAUGAUUGGAGAUAAGGUAUCGAGGCAGAAACUGAUUAAGGAGGGGUUAAAAAAGCUGCAAAAUUGGGACGUGCUUGUAACAACGUAUGAAAUGGUGCUGAUGGAAAAGGCUGUGUUAAAAAAGAUUCAUUGGGGCUACCUCAUAAUCGACGAGGCCCACCGGAUCAAGAACGAGCAGUCCCUGCUGGCCAAGGUCGUCCGAACGCUGCGGUCCCGCCACCGCCUCCUCCUGACCGGAACUCCCCUGCAAAACAACCUCCACGAGCUGUGGGCCCUGCUCAACUUCCUGCUUCCGGAAGCCUUCUCUUCCGCAGAAGAUUUUUCCUCGUGGUUCGCCGAGGACGAAAUCGGCGCCGAGAGCGAGGGGCUCGUCAAGCGGCUGCAUACCAUCCUCCGCCCCUUCCUCUUAAGGAGACUAAAGUCCGAAGUGGAAAAAGGACUUCCGCCAAAGAUCGAGAAGAAGGUGUAUGUAGGCCUGUCCCAAAUGCAGCAUCAGUGUUACAGGGACAUCCUCCUAAAUCAGUUCAACGUGUUAAAUUCCGAGGGAAAAAUGAGCCACCAAAGGCUCGCCAAUAUCGUCAUACAACUCCGGAAAUGCUGCAACCACCCGUACCUCUUCCGCGGUCAGGAGCCUGGUCCUCCCUACACGUGCGAACCCCACCUUUUCACGAACUGCGGAAAAAUGCUGGUGAUGGACAAACUCCUGGAGAAACUGAAGCAGGAGGGAAGCCGCGUCCUCCUCUUUUCAUCGAUGGCCCGCAUGCUGGACAUUUUGGAGGACUACUGCUUCCUCAAAAAAAUUAAGUACCACCGACUCGAUGGAUCGACAGAGUAUACCGAAAGACAGAAGAUGAUUGAUGAGUUUAACAGUCCAGGGAGCGAGACGUUCCUCUUCAUGCUGACGACGAGGGCGGGCGGUCUCGGAAUCAAUUUGGCUUCGGCGGAUUGUGUCGUAAUCUACGAUUCUGACUGGAAUCCAAUGGUGGACCUGCAGGCGAUGGACAGAGCGCACAGGAUCGGACAGACGAAGGAAGUCCGCGUUUUCCGACUGAUAACGGAGGACUCCGUGGAAGAGCGGAUCGUGCAAAGGGCCGCACUCAAGUUAAAGUUGGACAAUGUCGUCAUCCAACAAGGCCGUAUCGUCGACAAAUCCCAAAACGUCCUCUCCUCCGCCGAUCUCUUAUCUUGGAUCAGACACAGUGCUAAAUCCAUCUUAUCGUCCGACGGAGUAGAAACCAUUGCGGACGAGACGAUCCAAGAGAUCCUCUCAAAAUCAGAAGCCAAGUCGGGCAAGGUGGACGAGGCCAUCAACGCCCUGCCCGAAAGCAAGUUGGCCACCUUCACCAUCGAUUCGCAGGAAGAGGAAAAGGACUUUUUCGACUUUGGCGGCGAGAAUUUCCGGCGGGUGAGGGAGGAACACAGGCGGAAACAGAGGGAAGCCAAAACAACUUCCGGGUAUUUCGAUGUAGACGAAAACGUCACCGGAAGUCAGCGGGCCAGCAAGAAGAAGGCGCUUAAAACGAUUAAAGAAAAAUCCAAAGAGAUAACAAAGGAUCGUGAUAAGAAGAGUCGCACAACUAAGGUGCCCAACGUGGACCCGGAGUCUUCUUCCUCAUCUUCGGACGGGAAUUACUCGGACAAGUACAUGCGUGACAGCAACGACCUUGACGAAGACUGGACCCUAAACCCGGACGAGGUCAAGCGGGUAGAAUCCGAGGAGGAGUGGGACACGGGUGAAAUGAACGACGGGAUUGUCGACCACCCCGUCACGGGGAUGAGUCGUGGCUCCCGAAAGUCAAAUUUGCCCACGGAUCCCGAAGAAAUCGCGAAAAUGAUGGCGGCCUCGUUCAACAAAGCUCCCGUCCCGAAAACCAUCGCGGUGAAAAAUAACUUUCACUCCAUGCCGGACUCCGCCUUCAAAAGUUUGUACACGGAGGUGGACCCCCUCUUGAAAAGCAUCAUGUGCAAAAUGUGUGGCCUCGUUAUUCUCGGAACGGGCAAUGUUGCAAGUAUUAAGUUGUUCCGGGCGCAUUUUAAAGCACUACACUUUCUGCAAAUAGGGCCCAAACCCGUCGCAAAGCUGAUAAAGCCCAAGCUACCGAGGCCAAUUCUUCCUGCUUUGCCGUCAACUUCACGUCCUUUGAAUCUUCUGAUGAACAAUGGCCACAUGGAGAAAGCAGUUAGGAUGAUGUUAGAAAAGAAGGGUCAACAGCAAGGUCAAGGUCAACAACCACCUGCCCCUAAUCCCACCACCAAGUAUAACAAUUCCGCAGCAUUGGCACGAAUGCCGAUCGACUUUUUCAAGCAGUACUACACCCCGCUUGACGGCGACGCGAGAAACUACUCCUCCGUCGAGUGCAAAUUGUGUAAAAAGGUUUUGAAAGCGAAUAACGCCCACACGUACAGCAGCCAUUUCCGGCGCAAACACAGCGACGUUGUCGUACCUGAAUCAUCCAACAUAUCGCAGAUUGACGAGGACAACUUGGCAAACUUGUUGAAUCUGGAUGACCCGGAUGAUCCAGACCAAAGUCCGAAACCUCCUGCUCCUCGACAACCCCGAAAACAAAAUCUCGUCCCCAGAAUCAAAUCAAUUCCCCCCUCAGAACAACCAUCAUGUUCGGUCCUUAGUCAAAAUAAUAAUGAGAAUACUAGCGACAUAGAAAUUGUGGAUGAUGAAAAGGGAGAAAAAAUCAAAAUCAGGAUCAUAAAUGAAGCAAAAAUUGGAAAGAUGGAUGAAAGUGAUGACAGUGAAGUGGAAAUCUUGGGCGAUGAAGAUGAAGACGAAUCAGAAAAUACAGGAAAAGUCGAAAAAAUGGAUGAUAGUGAUAUCAGCGAAGUCGAGAUAUUGCCGGACGAGGAAGAAUCUAGUGAAAAAAUAGGACAGACUUUCAUAAGUUAUCAUGAGAAAAACCAGGUCCAGACUAAAACCACCACGAAUAAGAAUGAAAUUCCUGGCCGACUUCGCGCCCGCGCUGACCCUGUCCCAACCAGAAGUCCGGCGAAAUUUCCCACUUCCUGCAAAGCCGUGAACCGACUUUCCAAAACGGAUUUAAAGCAAUACUACAAUCUCACCGAGGAGAAAAAAUUCCGCUGCACCAUCUGCGACGUGGAGGAAGACAACAUUACGAAAUUCAGGUGGCACUUGAUGAUCCACAUUGAAAAGGUUGGCAGCAAAAGUAAAACCAAAAGUUCCUGCGAAAAUCCUGCUUUAUCUUUGCCGGAAGGGACGACACGCGCAGAUGUGGAUGUCAUGGAGAGGGAGGAGCUUCUUCAAUACGGCGACGUUCUCGAACCCAGUGGCGACUUCCGGUGCAACAUCUGCUCCCUCGUGUUCAAGUGUCGGAGAGAGAGUGCAAAAUUUAAGAAACAUUUGAAGAGCCACGUUGGAGACCAAGCCGAAAGUUCGGACGACGAAGAUCCUGGGGCGAUAACACCCCUAUUAACCUUACCGGAGGGGACGACACUCUCAGACGUGAAUGCCAUGGAGAGGGAGGAUCUUCUUCAAUAUUGCGAAUAUCUCGAACCCCAGGGCGAUUUCCGGUGCAAACUUUGCUCCGCGCGGUUAAAGGGUCGCAACAACAUUUCAAAGUUUAGGAUACAUUUACGGAGCCACAUUGCAAAGGUUUCUGCUGUGAUAACGCCCGCUUCCUCCUUGCCGGAAGGGAUCACCGUCGAAGACGUGGAUGACAUGGAUAGGGAGGAUCUUCUUCAAUACGGAGAUAUUCUCGAACCCAGUGGCGACUUCCGGUGCCACCUUUGCACCCUCGUGUUAAAGUGUUGGGGAAACAUUUCCAAAUUUAGGCGACAUUUGCGAGCACACGUUGUGAAUGGUGACACGUCCCCCAUCAGAGCUCUGAAAAUGUCCACCCCAAAAUUAAACCUAACUUUACCACCGUCCUCCACAUUUUUGACAAUGGGAAACGACGAACUCCGUGAAUUCUGCACCUUCCUCCCCAACGGAAAUAUCAGCUGUAACAUCUGCAAAAUCAAAUUACGGGCUCAAUCAAACAUCUCCAAGUUCAAGAGACACCUUUUUUCUACUCACAACACGAACACCGUGGAGGAUUUAAUCACGAUUGGUGACGAUGACGACGACGAUGACGAGCAGGACGUAAAAAUGGAAGAGGAGGAUGUAAAAGAAGAAGAUGAUGAUGAAGAAGCUGGGUUUUUUCUUGGCGAGGAAAUAGUUCCGGACGCUUCUUCGGAUAAAGAUUGUAUUAUUUCCCCCAUGGAUGGAAGUGAGAGGGGCGAAGAAGAUAAGGCAGAAGAAUCUGAGGCUGACGAGGUGGAAAUACUUCCUGACGGGGAGGAGUCAAAUGAAGAUUGUGGAAGUGAUGAGGGGGAGGAAGAAGAUAAAGCAGAAUCGGAAGAGGAGGAGGACUGAAUAGUCGUCAGAUUUAUAAU